AAAUCGGUAGAAGACUCUUGGAUACAGGAGAUUGUGUGAAGGUGGAAACUGUAAUAUACCUAUGCAGACGUACAUAAGAUAAUCAUAAACGAGUUUCAAAUUCAACUCUCCAUUUCUUCAAAUCCUCCAAGUAUGCGACAAUCUUCUGAAUUUUGAUUACGCUAAGAAGAUCGGGUAGAAGAUAAAGCAAGAUCGAACGUUUCCAACACACCUUUCUUUUGACAACAAAAUGACGGGGGCAGAAGGCCCAAGCUACACAGUGGAUGAUGCUCUUGUAGCUUUGGGUUUUGGAAAUUUCCAAAUUCUCGUGCUUGCUUAUGCUGGUGUUGGUUGGGUUUCCGAAGCAAUGGAAAUGAUGCUACUCUCUUUUGUAGGCCCUGCAGUUCAAACUGCAUGGAGUCUUUCCGCUCAUGAAGAGAGUUUGAUAACCAGUGCGGUUUUCGCUGGCAUGCUAAUCGGGGCAUACUCAUGGGGCAUUGUUUCAGAUAAACAUGGAAGGAGGAAAGGAUUCCUUAUCACAGCAACAGUUACUGCUAUGGCUGGUUUUCUAAGUGCACUUGCGCCUAACUAUUUAUUAUUAAUUGUCCUUCGAUCUUUGGUUGGUAUUGGUUUGGGAGGUGGCCCUGUAUUAUCAUCUUGGUUUCUAGAGUUUGUUCCUGCCCCCAAUAGAGGCACCUGGAUGGUUGUCUUUUCAGCAUUUUGGACUGUUGGUACAAUUUUUGAGGCCUCACUUGCAUGGAUUGUGAUGCCAAAACUGGGUUGGAGGUGGCUUCUUGCACUGUCUUCUGUUCCCACUUCUUUCCUUCUUCUGUUCUACAAAGUGACUCCUGAGUCGCCAAGAUACCUAUGCUUGAAAGGUAGAACAGCUGAUGCAAUUAAUGUUUUGGAGAAAAUAGCAAGAGUAAAUGGAAGAGAACUUCCUUCAGGUACCCUUGUUUCCGACCACGAAAUUGAGCUACAAAAAAUUGAUAACCCUUCAGAGGAUGAUCGCUUGCUUUCACCAAGAACAAAUGAAGUUGAAGAUCCUAAAGAAAUAGUUUCCAAUUUAGGUGGUAUCUCAUCGUUGUCAGUGCUUCUCUCACCAAAAUUGGCAAGGUCAACCCUUCUAUUAUGGGCUGUGUUCUUUGGUAAUGCCUUUUCAUAUUAUGGCCUUGUUUUGUUGACCACUGAGUUAAAUGGACACAGUAAAUGCAUGUCACAUAAAUUGCAGACAGAGAAGUCCCAGGAUGUUAGUUACAAGAGUGUUUUUAUUGCUAGUUUUGCAGAGCUACCUGGGCUCGUCUUAUCGGCUGCAGCAGUAGACAAACUCGGUCGUAAGCUCUCAAUGUCAACCAUGUUCUUCAUGUGCUGUAUUUUCCUCCUCCCAUUAAUAUUCCGUCUGCCUGAAGGCUUAACAACGAGCCUUUUGUUUCUAGCUCGCAUAUGCAUUACAGCAACCUUCACAAUUGUGUAUAUAUAUGCACCAGAGAUGUAUCCAACAUCAGUUAGAACAACUGGUGUGGGAGUUGCAAGUUCGGUGGGCAGAAUUGGUGGAAUGAUAUGUCCUUUGGUAGCUGUGGGUUUAGUACAUGGAUGUCAUCAAACUGCAGCUGUCCUUCUGUUUGAGAUCGUAGCUCUUCUUUCAGGAAUAUGUGUAAUGUUCUUCCCACUUGAGACCAUGGGCCAAGAACUGAGAGAUAAUGUGCAAGUCUAAAACCGACCAACAACACACAUAUUGAGGAAACAACUAAAUCAUGAAAACAUACUGGCAAAUUUUUGCUCUGCCCUUUAAGAAGAGGAGCAGAACGGCAGAAGAGAGUUGGAGAGGAAGUAACUAUAGGGAAAAAGAUUCUGGUCUUCCUGUAUAUUUCUUAUUUCAUUAUAUUUGAACUAUUUCAGUUAUUCGUUUCCACACAUCUUGAUCUUUUUAUUUUAUUUUUUUCAAUGUGCGGAUGCAUAUUAUUUUGUAAUCUGGAAAAGGAAUUAUUGUUGAUGAGAGUAAAAUGAAAUGUCAUUUUAGUUU